UUCGUGAUUUAUCAGGCGAAGAGAGGUUAAAUUUUCCUUUAUCGCAUGGAAGAAUGGCUGACGCGAAGAAAGAAAUUGUCCCACCAACAAAAAAAUUACCGGCAGUGCCGGAGUCGGUGUUAAAGAGAAAAAAACGCCGUGAGGCAGUGAAAGCUGCGCGUUUACAGGUCUCCAUUAAGCAACGUGCAGAUCGCUAUAAAAAGAGAAAACAGAUUUUCAAAAAAGCUGAGGAGUAUGUGAAAGAAUAUAGACGAAAGGAAAGGGAUGAAAUUCGAUUAAUGAGACAAGCUAAAAACCGUGGAAAUUAUUAUAUUCCUGGUGAAGCUCGUCUAGCAUUUGUUAUCCGUAUUCGAGGUGUGAAUCAAGUUGCUCCUAAGGUACGAAAGGUGUUGCAAUUAUUCCGUUUAAAACAGAUCAACAAUGGUGUCUUUGUGAAAUUGAAUAAAGCGACAAUCAAUAUGUUACGUAUUGUCGAGCCUUAUAUCACAUGGGGUUAUCCCAAUUUGAAAUCAGUUCGUGAAUUGAUCUACAAACGAGGCUUUGCCAAGAUAAACAGACAACGCAUACCGAUCACAAGCAAUUCCAUCAUUGAGAAGAAACUCGGUCGAUCUAAUAUCAUUUGUACCGAGGAUUUAAUCCACGAGAUAUUUACUGUUGGUCCAAAGUUCAAAUACGCCAGUAAUUUCCUAUGGCCCUUUAAGCUUAAUACUCCAAAUGGUGGAUGGCGUAAAAAGACCAAUCAUUAUGUAGAAGGUGGUGACUUUGGAAACCGAGAGGAUAAAAUCAACGAGCUUCUCAGAAGGAUGAUAUAAGUUUAUAAAAAUCUUCGUAAAUAAAAAUAUCCUCUAAUUAAAUU